AUGAAUUCUGAAACUUACCGCCUCAUAAAACUGAAUAUUCAAGUUAUCUCUGUGAUAUUUUCCAUCCUUGUCAACUCUAUUCUGAUCUACUUGAUCAUCAAAAAAUCUCCGAUUAAUAUGGGCACUUAUCGCCAUUUGAUGGUCUACUUUUGCUGUUGCUCUAUCAUUUUCGGGGUGUUCGAUGUUAUUGUGCAACCGAACGUUCAAACGUAUAAAAGUGCAUUCUUCAUGGUAGUCGACGUGAAACAAAGGAAUAUGUAUGUUUCGUUGGGAAAGUUUUGUGUUUACGGAUUAUGUGGUUGUUUUGGUGUGGCGAUAUACGGGAUUGCUAUUCAUUUUGUUUACAGAUUUUUUGCACUAGAGAGAAGAGGUCGAAUCCGAUAUUUCCAAGGAUUCUAUCUCGCUUUCUGGUUCGUUAUCCCAAUCCUCGGUGGUGUUGCCUGGUUCCUGGUGACUGCAAUGGUUUUCCCGAAGACCAAACUGGAAACUGAGUACAUCAGAAUAGCCGUAAGAGAGACAUUUGAUAUAGAUAUAGACGACUGUGUCUAUAAUGCGGGUGUAUUUUUCCCAUUGGAUGAAAAUGGAAAGCGAGUUAUAGGAUGGGGAAGUUUCGCUGGAUUCACGUGCUAUCUGAGUAUCAUGAUAAUUCCAUUCACUAUAAUUCUGAUUUUUGGAUUUAAAAGUUGGAAGAUUGUAAGAGAACUUUUGGAUCACGGGGAAUCAGAAUAUUCGAAGAAUCUGCAAAUGCAGUUGUAUAAAGCUUUGGUGGCACAAACCCUAGUCCCUUUAGUUUUACUAUUCAUACCGUUUGGACUACUAUUCUCCCUUCCUAUUUUUGAAAUUGAUUGUCAGUUUUUGGCGGCUAUCAUCACUUUGAUAUUCGCUAUUUAUCCAGCAGUUGAUCCUCUUCCGAUUUUGUAUUUUGUGGAUUACUAUCGGAUUCCUGUGAUUGAAGCGUUCAAAAGAACAAAAUGUAAAAAGAAUCGUGUUUCGAUGAAUCCUGAUGGGUCGGUGACAUUUGAAUAG